UACGAACGCUGCGCCUCAGCUCAUUCAGUCAGCUCCUCUCUCCCUCAUUCAGCCGCCGCUACUCACCAUGCUCCCCGCCGCCGGAGCACUCGCCUUCCCGCUGGUCUGCACCUCCGUGUGGGGAGCUCGUUUUUCACCCGCGUUACUCUGUUUAAUACGCGAGUCUUCGCAGAGGAGCCGUUUUUAGCCAGUUUUUCGUGGCAGAUCCUGCAGAUCUGAGAUGCUGUGGUGAGCAGCGCUGAGGAGCCACCAGAAAUCCCCACUGCACGUCUCCACACAGCAGGAGCAUCCUCACACAGAGAAAAGUUCCAUCCGAGCCCAGUCCAGGGUUACCAUGAUGAAUCUCCACAAUCUCAACUAAAGGAACGCUCCCACCCCCCCACCUGGUUCUCUCUCUCUUUCUCCAGUUUCAGGCUCACAAGAGGUCAAUAUUGUGGGCCUGAUUGCUUUAUUUCUAAGAGCUCUCUACUGUUAACAAACCACCAUGCUUCAUCUUCGCCUCAAAUGUCCCCCUCAUGUCUGGGCUCCCUGCCUGUCCACAAUCCUCCUCUUCCUCCUGGGUCUUUCCCAGCCCUCGCUGGCCAGCUCUGAUCCGCACCAGAGUACUCCAGGAAACUGUUCCGGGAAGUACAGCUGCUCUGAAGGAGUGGUGCUCCCUGUGUGGAAUCCUCAGAAUCCCUCAGUAGGUGACAAGGUGGCCCGUGCCAUCGUCUACUUUGUCGCUCUGAUCUACAUGUUCCUGGGAAUGUCCAUCAUCGCUGACCGCUUCAUGUCUUCCAUUGAGGUCAUUACCUCACAGGAGAAGGAGAUCACAAUCAAGAAGCCCAAUGGGGAAACCACCACGGCCACCGUGCGCAUCUGGAACGAAACGGUUUCCAACCUGACCCUUAUGGCCUUGGGUUCAUCUGCGCCAGAAAUCUUGCUGUCUGUGAUUGAGGUCUGUGGGCACAAUUUUGAAGCUGGGAAUCUUGGUCCCAGCACGAUUGUGGGCAGCGCUGCCUUUAACAUGUUCAUCAUCAUUGCCAUCUGCGUCUAUGUGGUGCCGGACGGCGAGGUGCGAAAGAUCAAACACUUGAGAGUCUUUUUCGUGACUGCAGCAUGGAGUAUCUUCGCCUAUAUCUGGCUCUACCUGAUCUUGUCUGUCUUUUCCCCUGGCAUAGUGGAGGUCUGGGAGGCCGUGCUGACCUUCCUCUUCUUUCCUAUCUGCGUCGUCCAGGCCUGGAUCGCAGACCGCCGCCUGUUGUUCUACAAGUACGUUCACAAGCGCUACCGGGCCGACAAGAACCGCGGCAUCAUCAUCGAGACUGAGGGCGACGGCAUGUUCACCAAGAUGGACAUGGAGAUGGAUGGGCAGGGGGCCAACUCUCACCACAAGGAGGUUCUGGAUGGCAUGCUUGCAGGCGUGGAGGAAGGAGGGGGCGGUGGAGGAGGAGGUGAAGAAGAGGAAGCUCGGAGAGAGAUGGCACGUACCCUCAAGGAGUUGAAGCAGAGGCACCCGGAGAAGGACAUGGAGCAGCUGAUUGAGAUGGCCAACUAUCAGGUUUUGGUUCAGCAGCAGAAGAGCCGGGCCUUCUACCGCAUCCAGGCUACACGCAUGAUGAUCGGAGCUGGAAACAUCCUGAAGAAACAUGCAGCAGACCAGGCCAGGAAGGUGGUGAGCUGCCAUGAAGCCAACGCACAAGAAGAAGACCCUCACACUAUCUACCUGGAGUUUGAGCCCUCACAUUACCAGUGCUUCGAAAACUGUGGCUCCCUUAAACUUGCCGUGACCAGACAUGGUGGAGACAGCGGCUGCACAGUGAAGGUGGACUACCGCACUGAGGACGGCACCGCUAACGCCGGCUCAGAUUACGAGUUUGCUGAGGGCACGCUGGUGUUCAAACCGGGCGAGACCAUAAAGGAGCUGACGGUUGGCGUGAUUGACGAUGAUAUCUUUGAAGAAGACGAGCACUUCUACGUUCAUCUAAGCAACCCGCGAGUGGUGCACCGGGCUGAGGUCUCUGUCCUUGACCCCAAUGCUGUUGCCCCGAGCAACAGCCUUUUGGGCUCUGUCCCUGUGCAGCCCAAAGCUGCUCUGGGCUCCUCCCACACUGCCACGGUGACCAUCUAUGAUGACGACCAUGCAGGUAUUUUCACCUUUGAGAGUGCGUCCACUCGCGUGAGCGAGAGCGUGGGCAUCAUGCAGGUGAAGGUGCACAGGACGUCCGGAGCAAGGGGCAAGGUGGCGGUACCCUACCAUACCACAGAGGGCACGGCCAAGGCUGGAGAGGACUACGAGGAGGUGGCCGGCAAACUGGAAUUCCUCAACGAUGAAACCAUGAAGAUCUUGGAGGUGAAGAUCAUUGAUGAUGAGGAGUAUGAGAAGAACAAGACUUUCACCAUCCAUAUUGGAGAGCCUGUGCUGCUGGAGAUUGGACAGAAGCACGGAGAUUCCAAUGAUAACAAGCCAGCAGUAGGGAUUGAGGAGGAGGAGGUGGCUAAGAUGGGCUGUCCAAGUCUGGGAGAACACACCAAGCUGGAGGUGGUGAUCGAGGAGUCGUAUGAGUUCAAGAACACAGUGGAUAAGCUGAUAAAGAAGACUAACCUUGCAUUGGUGGUGGGCAGCAGUAGCUGGAGAGAGCAGUUUGUCAGUGCUGUCACCGUCAGCGCAGGUGACGACGAUGAGGAGGAGAGUGGAGAAGAGCGUCUGCCCUCCUGCUUCGAUUACAUCAUGCACUUCCUAACAGUCUUCUGGAAGGUUCUCUUUGCCUUCGUGCCCCCCACGGAGUACUGGAAUGGCUGGGCCUGUUUCUUCGUGUCCAUUUCUCUCAUCGGAGUGCUGACUGCCGUCACCGGAGACCUGGCCUCCCACUUCGGCUGCACCAUCGGCCUGAAGGACUCGGUCACGGCUGUGGUGUUCGUGGCCCUCGGCACCUCUGUCCCUGAUACCUUUGCCAGCAAGGUUGCUGCCAUCCAGGACCAGUACGCUGACGCGUCCAUCGGCAACGUGACGGGCAGCAACGCAGUCAACGUCUUCCUGGGCAUCGGUGUGGCGUGGACCAUCGCCGCCGUGUACUGGAACAGUAAAGGUCAGCAGUUCACGGUGCCACCCGGCUCGCUGGCCUUCUCCGUCACUCUCUUCACCAUCCUGGCGCUGCUGAGCGUGGCCACGCUGCUCUACCGCCGCCGGCCCUCCGUCUCCGGGGGAGAGCUCGGGGGACCGCGGACCGCCAAACUGCUGACCGCCCUGCUCUUCCUCUCCCUCUGGCUCAUCUACAUCAUGCUGGCUGCGCUGGAGACCUACUGCCAGGUGCCCGGCUUCUGAGCAAAAGAGCGGGAGAGAAACAGACACAGAGAGAGAGAGAGAGCUUUUCUUCCUGUGCAAACACCUGAUUAUUCUCUCUCCCUCUGCUGUUGUGACAUAACUGUAUCUAUAAGGUGUCCAAAUUGAGUGUUUACAUUUGUUAUUGCAGAUAAUUAAGUGUUGUUGGGACAGGAGCAGUUCCUUCUCACUAACAUUAAUGAGACAGACUAGCGUGGUGCUAGUGGAGGGGAGGGUGGAGGAAACUCACUGUUUUUGGAGGGAACAUGCACAGACACUGUUCAAUAUAUGGUUUACUCUUAUGGGGUGUGGCAGCACCUUCGAAACAACCUUCAAAUGAGAAACAACCUUGUAACAAAAAGAGCCAUUCCAGAAAGAUUAUUCUUUGCUUCAGGACUGUUCCUCUUUUCCACAAAACCACAGAGUUUUACACUCCUCAUUUGAGUAUUUGCAUAAUUCUGCAUCUCUUGCUCCGUAUUAAUGCACUCAUUCCUAAAGCAGUGCUGUGGAUCAUCUACAGGUUCCUGGAGUCUUGAGAUAUCAGAACAUCAUUGACCGUCCAUCCUCUUCUUCUGACUACAUAUCCCCUCCCCAUGGACCUACGCCUACAGGCUCAGAGAUGGCACUGCCUGUCCCUUCCUCCUAUUCUGCCAGUUUUUUUUUUCUUCACAUUUCUACUCUCAUCCACUGUCAAGUGCUCGUCUUGUGCAGUAUUGCUGGGCAGAAAAUAAGUUCUAACUUUUUAUUUUUUAUUUAUUUCUGAAAUGUUUAGUAAGAAACAAAAUGACGGAAUGUGAAAAUGAACUUAUGCUGUUUUUUGUUUUUUUUUUCAGUUUUGCCUCAAAAAAAAAGAAGAGAUGCACAACUUGCAUGGCACAAGAGUUAGAGUUGUCCAAUCGAGACCAAAAGUAACAACGUUAGAAAGGGUAGUAAUGAUAAAAGCGUUGGUGUACAUUUAUAAGAUGAUUGGUAAUAUUUAUUAUUCUAACUUAUAUAUUAUGUGUUGGGGAAUAUUGUGGACUGUAUGUAUGUAUGUGUGUGAGGGAAUGUAUUGGACAGGGAAUGUGGGAUUAUGGGUAAAACAGAGCAACUGAGUUGCUGUACUGUGUAAGUGUGGGGUGGGCCAUUCUAUCAAGUCACUGUCCAAAGUCUCGUCACUAGGGCUGUCCUAAUGUGAAUAGAGGGAAUGUUAAUGGAAGCAGAAAACGCCGGUUGGCGUGAUUACCACUGCCACAGAUACUCAAAUAUAUACAUAAAAAGGCUGCUUAUCCCUUGCAUCAGCAUGCGUUUUCAGGCAUCAGACGCCAACCAUAACUCAUUAUGAAUGGAUUCUGAUCUUUACUGCUAUAUGCAGAGAAGAUAAAAGAUGGAGCUUGACCACUUUCAACACAGGUGUAAACACGAUACUUGAGCACAGCACUUUUUCCAGAUUAGAUUGGAUUGGAUGUCUGGCACUGUAUGUGAAGGAACGACAGAUUGGCAGAUGUAAAGGUGAAACCAGGCAUAAUUUCCCCACCAGUCUUCACUUAGUGAAGUGGAGAAUAGUGGCUCUGACAGAAGAAAUGACAGCGUCUCAUCUGCCAGACUAGAUGAUAUGCUAAAAGUUGGAAAUGUUUUCUUUGACACCAUACACAACCUCAAAUCAGAAAAGGUUGGGAAAGUAUGGAAAAUGCUCAUUUUACAACAAAAAAAGCAGUGUCUCUUACAUUUACUUUGACUUUUAUUUAAUUGCAGACAUUAUGACUACAAUGGUGUAGUUGUUGUACAUGCACUUAAUGGUAGUACUGUAUGUAUUGGACUCCCUGUUUUUCUGCAUCCAUAGCAAUAGCUUUGCCACUUUGACUUUGUUCAGUUGACUUUAAAUUGCAUUUGAUUGUGCUGCAAUUACACAAAUUCUUAAAUUUUUUAUUGCACAAAUAGUCCGGAUCUUUUUUUCCUACCUUUUAAACAUAAGGGCCGUAAUCUACACCUCAUUAAUCCAGCCCUGUUCAUUAUUAACCAAGCACCGACUCCUCCAGAUCAUCACUGCAGCAUUACUGCUGCUUCUUCCCAACUCAUCUGAAUGCUUAAUGCAUUUUCAAUGGUUUUAUUUUUACACGCUUUAAUCAGUUACAUCCAUCUGUUCCUUAACUAAUGAGACUUGGUUCAGUUCCAGUCACCCAGGAGUUUAUCUGGCUGUUAGAUCAGGUUCAGUCCUCUCCUCUCAUUCUCCCCAUAUUACUGUAUCUCUGUGACUGAUAAAGCCCCAGUGAAGAGUUUUCAGAUAUGAUAUAAUUGUGUACAGGUUGUUUAUUCCGUUCUAUUUUCCUCCAUUACCUAUCAGCCAUCUGCUGCGGCUGCGCUCGGACAUAUGCUUCAGGAAGUGCUUGGGACGCUUUAGGCAGAAAGUUCUGCUGAUGCUUAUUAUUGCUGGUCCCGUUAGGCUGAAGCACGCAAUCUUUUUAGGACACCCUAAGCUAAACUUAUUUGAAACAGCUUGUUGAUGCUCUGAGGAAUGGUUUAUAGUAGGCAGCAUAUUUCUACCUGCUCGUCUCUGGCACUAACUGAGAUACAGAGAGUGAGAGAGAGAAAUUAAAAGUCCAAGUCACCCAUAGACUUGCACUUGAGGCCUAAAGGUCUAUGUUGUUUAUUUAAGUGCUAAAGGUCUUUGCACAGUCUUCAAGGCUGAAAGCAUGCAAGCGCAUAAAUAGUGAUAUUUUUUCAUUUAUUUUAAUAUCGUUAUGUCAUACUGCAAAUACAGCUCUGGCAAAUAUUAAGAGACCACUUCAGUUUUUCUAAAUCAGUUUCUCUGAUUUUGCUAUUUAUAGGUUUAUAGUAAAAUGAACAUUGUUGUUUUAUUCUAUAAACUACAGACAACAUUUCUCCCAAAUUCUAAAUAAAAAUAUUGUCAUGUUGCAGAAAAUGAGAAAUGGCUGAAAUAACAAAAAAAAAAGAUGCAAAGCUUUCAGACUUCAAAUAAUGCAAAGAAAACAAGUUCAUAUUCAUAACUUUCAAGUUCAGAAAUCAAUAUUUGGUGAAAUAACCCUGUUUUUAAAUCACAGUUUUCAUACAUCUUGGCAUGUUCUCCUCCACCAGUCUUACACACUGCUUUUGGAUAACUUUAUGCCUUUACUCAUGGUGCAAAAAUUUAAGCAGUUCAGCUUGGUUUGAUAGCUUGUGAUCAUCCAUCUCCCUUCUGGGAAAGGCUUGAGAUUUAGAUGUUGAGCUGAAUGUUCAUGGAUCAUGGUUUUGUUUCCAGAAACCUUUUCAUGAAAUGAGAAUAGCUGGAAAAUUUUAAAUAACCUUUUUGUUGUUGUUGUCACAUGUUUAAAUGAACUCUGACUUUAGCAUGACUCCAGCCAGAUCGAAGUUUUACAUGGCAAAACAAAUGAAAAAAAAAAAAAAAAAACAGAGCGGAAAGAAAGAAAGUGCGCAGAGCGAGUAUUUUUAGUGCUUCUUGUUGCUAGGCGACGUCUCAAAGAGUCAUUGUCUUUCUGUCACUGUGUUGUCUGGUGUCAGUGUGCUGUGGUGGGCGUGUUGCAGGCGAGGGGGACCACGGGGUUCUAAUCUCUUUUUGAGGUCAUUUCAUUGUACCCGCCCGCACCCUCCCCGCCCCACACACUACUGCACAAGAGGGUUAACAAAUUUAAAGCACCAGUGCUGUUCAUAGCAGCUCUAAAUGAAAGCCUGAUGGAUUGCUUUGAGGUUGAAGUGUGAUGCAGUGUGUGGGGGAAUGUAGGUAUAGCUGGACUGGACUGUAAUAAUAAGCCUGCUGACAUGAGCUUUGCAUCCUUCUUUAUCCAUUAUUCUGCUGUUCAUUAAGACAAAACUGGCGAACGCAGAUCCUAGAUCAGCAUUUCCUCUUAGACACAAGGCAAACCCUAACUCUUUGGUGUUUGGGGAGUGAGCUAGUGGUGGGUUUCAGAGCAGCUCAGUUCAAAGCUAACUGCAGCUCGAUUCUUUCACUGCGGUCGUUUCUUCCCCCUUAUCCCUCCAGAGCAAAUGAUAGGCUUCAAUUGCUAAUAGAGUUGGGAGUUCAGAAUGUAUGAAUAGAAUAUGCCUCGUCCUUCAGGGCUGAGGAGCUGUUUCUUUCAUCUAAGUGCAGAUAAUAGCACUUGGGUGAAAGGAUUUUGUGGAUAUGUGCUCACUGGUCAUUAGAGGUCUAUGCUUCAGUAAAUAACUGACAGACACAUCAUGUCUUUAUGGCAAGUUAUUACAGGAAUACAGUUAUUUUCAUCCUAAUCAGUCUGUCGCAUUUGCAGCAUACAGUCGAUUACCACAGGCUGUUCUUUCUCUGUACUCUUCGUGUUCUUGGAAAAGAACACAAAUAACUGACUCAAAUCUUAUAUUCAAUUAUAAUUGAAGCCAAUGGGGCAGGUGCUUCAGUUCAGAAUCAUCAGGUUUUCUGAUCUUUAUACACAUAAAGGGAAAUGUAUCAGAAAUAUCCAUAUCCAUGGUAAUCAUCUGUACACAACAGAGUAGAGAUCUGCAAAGAAAUAAGGAUACGAUUAUACCAUAAAAAAUCAAUGUUGGAUAAUGCAGGGAAGGGACAUUAUUGGUUAAUUCUGUAUUUUUAUUUUUAUUUAACGCUCAGUUUAACCAGGCAAGUCAUUAAGAAUAUAUUCUGAGAGAAGGGUACAUCGAGGACAGACAAGGAUAAAAGGUAAAACAAGAUAGAGAAAGCAUGAGAGGGGUGGAGAGAGAAAGAAAAACACAUAUAAACACUCAGUUAAUAGCAUAACCUCCCUGAUGCAUUUUGUAAACUCAGCAAUUGUAUUGUAUUGGAAAAGAGACAUUGUUGAGCAAUGCUAUAUUAUGGAAGGGACAUUGUUGGAUAAUGCUGUACUGGGAAACAGGCAUUGUUGGGUGAUGCUAAAUUGGGAAAGGGACAUUGUUGGGUAAUGCUGCAUUGGCUAAGGGAUAUUGUUGGGUAAUGCUUCAUUAGGGAAAGGACAUUGUUGGGUAAUGCUUCAUUAGGGAAGGGACAUUGUUGGGUAGUGCUGCACUGUGAAAUAUACAUUGAAUUGGGGAAAACCACAUUGUAAAGUAAUGCUGGCAUAGGAAAGAGACAUUGUUGGGUAAGACUGUAUUGGAAAAGGGACAGGGACUAGGUAAGAAUGCAUUUGGGAAAGGACAUUGUAGGGUAAGGUUUUCAUAGAGUAGGGACAGUGUUGAGUAAUGCAGACAUUGGAAAAGGACAUGAUGUUUGUAUCGGGAAGUGACAAUGUAAAAUGAGGAAAGAACGUUACUUGGUAAUCCAAAGAUAAAGUGGGGACAGUGUUAAAUAAUGCUGAUAAGUGUAAUUUAGGGUUUUAAAGGGGACAUUGUUGGGUAAUGCAGGGAUAGAGAAUGAAUCUUGCUGGAUCCUGGAUCAGCAUUCUUACUCUGAGAAGUUUGAAAAUUUGGGCCAAUGUUUAGUAAUGCAGGGAUGAAGAAGAAACAUUUUUGGGUAUUGCUGGCGGGAGACGAACAUUGUUAGGCAAUGUAGAGAUGAAUAUCAGGAUGUUGUGGGGUGAUGCAGAGAUAAUUUGCAAAUGGUGUUGAGUAAUGAGGGAUAAUAAGGGAUGGGAUGUUGUGGGGUAAGGCGGAAAUAGUGUUAAAGCUUUUAUGGAUGGGAAGGAAAUGACAAAUGGCAAAGCAGGACUAGAAAAGGGCUGGAGUUGGGUAUUGGAAGGUGGACACAGUUGAGCAGCUGAAAGGAUGGUAAACGGACUGCAUGAAAAGUUAGGAGUUGGGACAUAUUUUUCUUCUUAUACAGAUUAGAUAAAAAUUAAAAAGUAAAAUAACAUAUUGUUUUAAACUCCUGUAUGCUGGAUCAAGACAAAGCACUUCAACUGUUACAGUAGACAGAGCACAAGUAAGGUCUAUUCUUAAACACAACAACAUGUUUUCUAUCACCAUGUAGAUUAUUAACAUUAUCAAACAAACAAUCAAGCACAAAGCAGUGAAGUACAGUACGGUCUCUUAACAGAGCACGGCCCCUGCCCUCGCACCCAUGCACACUCUUUCUUGCUCUUACACAAAGGAACACACACACGUGCGCACGCACACACCCAGAUCCUCAAAGUAUACGAGAGAUGGUGUCGUCCUUUUCUUGCAUGCUUGUUUCAUUGCCGUGCGUCAGUUUGCUAACGUGUGCUGUGCGUAUCUCGGUCUGUCUGUCACACACGUGCCGUUGUGAUCCUUCGGAACUUAAAGCAUGUCUUUUCUAUGUGUGCGUGUGUGCGUCUUUUUAAGCUUGGAUCUUUUCUUUUUCUUCGGUCGCGACACUAAAACUACAUUUACAAAAGUGACGAUGAAUUAUUUACAGAAGUGACAAUUUGUGCUUGGUUUUGUAUGUAUCACAAUUUGAUAAAUUACUGCUUUAAAAGACUUUGUUUCCUAAAUGCCAAGUGUUCUUAAUUUAACUAUAUGAUAUUACUGUCUUGAAUUCUGUACUGUACUGAGGACAAAUUUAUAUUUUGGGUAAACAAAUUUCAAUGAAGUGCUACAGGCAGUACACUACUAUUAUCAUCACAGAAAAAAAAAUAUUUAUGUUUAAUUAACACUAUAAUUGAGUUUGUAUGUGUGAGUGUAAGAAAGGGUGUGAAUUUCUGUCAAUAUGCUGAAGUUGUCCUGUACAGGUAAACUAUUUGCCAAAAGGGGAAUGGAGAAUGUCUCUAUUUGUAGUGUAUAAUCAUUGGUUUCUUAUUUUAUUUAUUGAAGACUACAUUCGAUUAAAUGGAAUUGUAUAUUA